ACCUGAGAGCCCGCCUCUCGAUUGAAACCGGAAAUUCAAUUCAGGAAAUGAUCGGUUUUGUUUUUAAAUACACUCAACUGGACAAGUAAAGCGUGUUUGUCAUUAAUCAGGAAAUAAAAAAAUGGUUUGUGAAAAGUGUGAAAAGAAACUCGGCCGGGUCAUCACUCCAGAUACAUGGAAGGACGGUGCUCGGAACACAACAGAAAGUGGUGGGCGCAAGCUGAAUGAAAACAAAGCCCUGACAUCUAAAAAGGGAAGGUUUGACCCUUAUGGGAAGUCUCGAUUUGCCACGUGUCGGAUUUGCAAGAGUUCUGUGCAUCAGGCGGGCUCAAAUUAUUGCCAGGGAUGUGCGUACAAGAAAGGAAUAUGCGCCAUGUGUGGAAAGAAGGUACUGGACACCAAGAACUAUAAGCAGACAUCCGUGUAACUGCCCAGCGGUGUAGCUUCUCUUGUGCUCUGUGUGCCUGAUCUCUCGCCAAGGGAAAACCCCAGUCUCACCAGAUUUGCUGUGGUCUGACACCAGCUGCAUAGCUCUAUUAUGAUAAGAGCCCCGAUGGCCAAUCGCAAAGAAGCCAAUGCAGGCUGCUGCCACACCCACUAGUGAAUUGGAAGAUAUUAAAAAACAGUUUCUAGACAGUGUUGAGUAUUUUUGUGCCUGUAACUGUGCAGAGAUUAGAAAUAUCACGGGAGUAUCAGCAUUUGAAGCAAUACAAAGACUUAAACUGUUUAAUCUCACAAAUAUGACAAUUUGUUAUCCCUGCUCGUAUUUUAUUUUACAGUGAAUAUUAUGUAAGUGUGCAAAAUGGUAUAUAUAUGUUAAUCAUCGUAUUCUGAUCGGUAGACAUCAUGUCUAGAAUUUUGAAUGGGUUUGACUGCAGUUACCUGCAUGAGUAUAAUAGGGACUGAUUGGAGAGAUCUUAAUGGAUAGAGGGUCGAUCCCAUAUUCUGUUCAUAUAUGUUUUUCCUCCACGCUUAUGAAACCCUCUGUGUACAGCACAGUGCCAUUUGCAGCCAAUGCAGCUGACGUUUAGAACCAUUGUCCAGGUGACGUGGGUCUUUCAAACUGGAGCCUGUCACUGGGAAGGUCAGCAGAUGUACAUUUUGACAUUUAAAUACCAUUUGCGCCCUGAAGCCACAUGAGUGUUUCUAAGUGUUGUGUUUAUAUAUUUCGUUUACUCCAGACUAUUCAUUAGUAUACAGAAUCUUGAAUGAGGCUUAUGAUAGAGUAAUAUAAAUGUAAUUUUACACAUUUGCCUGUUUUCUUAAGCAUGUGUUUUACUCUGUAAUUGAAUUGUUUAUGAACGUUUUAUGGAGUAGAAUUUGCAUGAAUGGGGGUAAGUUGUAAUGGAUGGACAAACUGGUCUGCCUGCUGUGUAUGGAAAGGGCCUGGCAGCCCGUGAAGAUGCACAUGUUUAGACAAGAUAGCAUGUCUUUGUUAAUCCUCCAUUGACAGUCAGGCUGUUCUUUUAGAUGCAGUGUGUCAUUUUAGAUUGUAGAUAAGGGUGUAUGCUUGAAUGAUACUAGAAGCAAUGACCGGAAUAAAGAAAGAAAGAAUGAGUGAUGAACAACCAUAAA